GUUAAACUUACAGUGCCCCGGAAAAGUGUCUCCGUAAUAUAUUGAAGUACAGCACACUUAAAUAAGCAACUAUGUCUACUUCUGUCAUAUCUGUAAUAUCUCGGUUCAUCGAAGAGUAUACGACUAGCACACCAAACAAGCUGAAGCUAGUGGACGCUUAUCUUUUGUAUAUUCUACUGACUGGAGCGUUCCAGUUUUUGUACUGCCUGCUGGUCGGUACCUUCCCGUUCAAUAGCUUUUUGUCGGGAUUUAUCUCCUGUGUUGGAUCUUUUGUCCUUGCAGUGUGUCUCCGCAUCCAGAUUAACCCUCAGAACAAGGGAGACUUCCUGACGGUUUCGCCAGAGAGAGCUUUUGCGGAUUUCCUGUUUGCUCACACGGUUUUGCAUCUCGUGGUGGUGAAUUUCAUUGGCUGAAUAGAGGCUGUAAAGACUCACUGGUACCACCCAUAACAGAUCCUCUGACCGAACAUGGAAACCAUGGAAACACAGGAACCAGGAAUACAUUCCACUGCCAAAGAUCUUUGAAUCUGGAAAAUUGUUAUCUUCUUUUCCAAUUACAUGAGUUUCUUGGAAGCUUUUUUCUACUUUUAUAAAGAUCUAUAAUGUGUGCAACCAAGAAAUAAAUUUGACUUUGAAAUAAUUUUUCGAGAGGGUAUUAUGUGUGAACAGGAGUGGGGAAUUAAACAAAGUAACACAGUUUCAAGAAAGCAAUUAACAUAGAGCUUUGAGUAUGCCAUAAUGUUUUUUGUUUCCUCAAGCCACCUUACAGAGCCUCUAUUUGUUUAUGGGAAAGGUUCAUUUGUAUUCUUACCAUAUAACAUAUUUCCAAGGUCUGAACUAGUCAAACCACAACUUUGAGUGUUCACAUUGUUUCCAGUUAAAGAAUAUUAAUUAAUAUAAUCCUGAAACUGAGCUAGCACAGACAAUUGUUUAAUGCAUCAAAACCCCACCAAUACAAAUAAAUAUCUAUA